UACAGUUGCUGUUAUUUAUUUCUUUGUUGCAUUGCAGAACGUCAAAAUUUAAAGCUACACUUUAGCUGUUAGCAGUGGCUCAUGGUUAAAGUAGCCAAUUAUUUAACCCAAAUCCUUGAAUCUCUCAUAUCCUAUUUAUGUUCCUCCAUCUAUAGUCUAUAAUUUUACUUUGUCUCUUCCUCACUUAUCUACAGCUGGUGCUCCACCAGUAGCCUCCUGAGACUGUGAGGCCUGGUUACGAGUUGUUACUGGUACUAAAGCCCCACAGCUAACAAGUCGGUAAAUUUGACACACUAUUACUAGCUUGCUUUUUGUUGUUUUCUCUCAGUUUUCAAGCUCCACCUUUUCGCCACUUCUUCCGAACUAAAGUUUUCCUACAACGUGCAUAAGCGCACAGUGAAGAUAGGGGAGGGGCUGGUCCUUUGUCAGCUCACUUUUGUGUGUUUUACAUAGGAGGAAGAGUGAUUGCAACUGCAGUGGCAGUGGCAUACUUAGAGUUGAAAAAUAGGAAGUGUUGCACUUGGAGUUUUCAAGUGCAACAGUUCAUACGAUUUUGUCUGCUCACUUAUCAAUAUGGCUCUCUGUCUCAGGAUUAUUUAUAUCAUCACUGGACUAACAGGAGUUCACAGCAUAACUACAGUCAGUGAAGUAUCAGUGAAAACUGGGAAAUCUAUCUCCAUCCCAUGUCUCUAUGAGUCCAAAUACAAAAACCAUGUGAAGUACUUGUGUGAAGGAUCUAAAUGGAGAUCCUGCAGCGAUGUAUUAAAAACAAACACAGCAGACCCUUCAGGAAAAUAUUCAAUCUCUGAUGAUAAAAAACAAUUUUUUUUUACUGUAACUAUAAACAAUCUGACAAAUGAAAACACUGAUUACUGGUGUAUGGUGGAGAUUAAUAAUGGACCGGAUUAUGGAGAGCAUUUUCAACUGUCAGUUACCAGUGAUACCCCCAGUCUCUAUGUGGAUCAUCAGAGGAUUACAGGAUACAUUGGAGAAAGCAUAACUAUUAGAUGUCACCACAGUAACUCUGGAGAAAUGAAGUGGUGCAGGCUGGGCAGGAACUGUGUGACAGGAUCAUCUGGAUCCAUAGAUGGAACAACAGUGACCGCUUAUAUGAGCAAACCAAAUGUUUUCACAGUGACAAUGAGUGGACUACAGUCAGAGGACAGUGGCUGGUAUUGGUGUGCUAAAGGGGACAUUCAGAUACCAGUAUAUUUAACUGUUACUGAGAAACCAAUCACCACUACUGCCCAUACUUUUACUGGAGAUAGAACAAUUACCACAUUUAAAAAUGGACAACAAAGAGCUUCAUUUGACCUCAAGAUCCUCAUCAUCCCUCUGAGUGUGUUGAUCUUUAUUGUAAUUGUGGUGUUGUUCAUCUGGUUGAUACUGAGAAACAAGCAGAGAAAAGCAGACUCAUCAGCCACAGCAAUGGCCGGAGUGGAGGUAGCAUACGCUGAAGUUAGACCCAAGAAAAAACACUUAGGCAAGGUGGACCAGGAAGUA